AUGGUGUUACGAAUAAUCAUUACCUAUAAUCAUAUUCAAGUUACAUAUUUAUAUUUUAUCUUUUUGUCAUUUUCUUCCAUUUUUGUUUUUUUAUUUUCUUCUGUAUUUUUCCUUUAUUUUUCUUUUACUUCCUCCUCCUCUUCUUCUUUUUCUUCUUCGUCUAAUUUUCCCAUAUCCCCAUCAUACUUUUCUCUUCUUCUUCUUCAACUUAUUCGUAAUCAUUAUUUUGUUUCUGUGUUCUUCUGUGUUAUUUUUUGUGUAUUUUUCCUUCCUUUCUCUUUAUCCCUAUCUUCUUUCUCUUUUUCUUCUUUUUCCUUAUUUCCUUCUUUCGAUUUAUUACCUUUUUUCUCUUUGUUUCUUCUUAUUUCCUUUUAUUUUUCUUCUAUCUCUUUAUUCUUUCUUUCUCUUUCUUUCCUUAUUUCUAUUUAUUUAUUUCUUUCUCUUUAUUUUUUCCUUCUCUUUAGUCCCUUCUUUCUCUUUGUUUUCGUCUUUCUCUUUAUUUUGUCUUUUUGCUUCUCUUUCUUUUUCUUAUUUCUCUUAAUUUGUCUUUCACUCUCAGUUCAUUAUUUUCCCAUUUUCUUUCUUUUGCCCUUUUUAUACAAUUUAUAUGAAAUUUCUUUCUUUCUUUCUUUCUUUCUUUCUUGUCUUACAAUAUAUAUUACAUUUCUUCCUUUCUUUAUUUCUUUCUUUCAUUCUUUCAUUUUUUCUUUCUUUUUGUCUUACAAUAAUUAUUACAUUUCUUUCUUUCUUUCUUUAUUUCUUUAUUUCUUUCUUUCUUUCUUUCUUUCUUUGCCUAAAAAUGUAUGUAAAAUAUUUUCUUUCUUUUUCGUCCUACAAUUUGUAAGAAAUUUCUUUCUUUCCUUCUUUCUUUUCCAACAUUUUUAUAUAAAAUAUCUUUCUUGUCCUAUAAUUUAUAUGGGAUUUCUUUCUUUCUUUCUUUCUUUCUUUCUUUCCCAAAUUUCUUUCUUUCCUUCUUUCUUUCUUUCCUUCUUUCUUUCUUUCCUUCUUUCUUGUCCUAUAAUUUAUAUGAAAUUUCUUUCUUUCUUUCUUUCUUUCUUUCUUUCUUUCUUUCUUUCUUUCUUUUUUUUUCCUCACAUUUUCCCCUUUGUCUUUUUUAUCUCUUCCGUGGCCAAACUGUACCAUGAUGUGAGCAUUGGCAAUGCAGUCAACAUCAUUGUUACCCGAUUGGUUCUUCUUACUGAUGAACAGCCAAAUUUGGUUAUCAACCAUCAUGCCGACCGUUCUCUUGGCAGUUUCUGUCGUUGGCAAAAGAUGAUCAAUUCGCCAAUAGCUUACAAUUCCAGUGAUGAAACCAUUGGAAUUGCUCAUCAUGACAACGCCGUUCUUAUGACCAGACUUCUCAUUAUCUAUCCAUCUAUAAAUUUCAGUCUGUUCAUAUCUAUUUAUUUCAAAAUGUUCAUUAUCUAUCUAUCUAUCUAUCUAUCUAUCUAUCUAUCUAUCUAUCUAUCUAUCUCAGUCUGUUCAUAUCUAUAUAUCUAUUUCAGUCUGUUCAUAUCUAUUUCAAAAUGUUCAUUUUCUAUCUAUCUAUCUAUCUAUCUAUCUAUCUAUCUAUCUAUCUAUCUAUCUAUCUCAGUCUGUUCAUAUCUAUAUAUCUAUUUCAGUCUGUUCAUAUCUAUUUCAAAAUGUUCAUUUUCUAUCUAUCUAUCUAUCUAUCUAUCUAUCUAUCUAUCUAUCUAUCUAUUUCAAUAUGUUAAUUAUCUAUCUAUCUAUCUCAGUCUGUAUGACAUUUGCACCUACAAGAACAAGCCCUGUGCAACAUUAGGACUGGCGCCAGUCGCUGGAAUGUGUGAAGACGAACGCAGCUGCAGCAUUAAUGAAGACAUAGGUUUGGCCUCAGCGUACACCAUUGCUCAUGAGAUCGGCCACAAUGUCUAUCUAUCUAUCUAUCUAUCUAUCUAUCUAUCUAUCUAUCUAUCUAUCUAUUUCAGUCUGUUCAUAUCUAUCUAUCUAUCUAUCUAUCUAUCUAUCUAUUUUGUCUGUUCAUAUCUAUCUAUCUAUCUAUCUAUCUAUCUAUCUAUCUAUUUCAGUUUGUUCAUAUCUAUCUAUCUAUCUAUCUAUCUAUCUAUCUAUCUAUCUAUCUAUCUAUGUUGCAGAUAUCUCUUUUACAGAUCAUUAUUUAUCUCUAUAUAUAUCCUAGUCUGUAAUAUCUAUUUAUCUAUCUAUAUCGAUCUAUCUCAGUCUAUUUAUAUCUAA